UUUUCAUGUACUUGGCGUAAUUUUUUUACUUUUUUGAAGUUUUUUAUGGGGAUAGAUCAGUGACUAGACUAUAGUUUGAGCAGUUCAUGUAUGUAUGGUCGAAGGUGGUUACGGUAUUAUCCUAUAGCAAAUUUAUUUUUUGAGGGGGAACAAACGUAUGCCGUAACAUAACCUACCCGAGCAUCGUUUAGCAUUCUCGAGUGAGUUAUUUUAGGUGAUAACGUGUGCAAUAGAUAUUGUGAGAAAAAAUGGGCAAAGCGUGUUGCAUUAAAAAUUGUAGAAAUUCGUCAAAGCUGAAUCCGAACGUUAGUUUUCAUAAAUUCCCAACAAAACCAGACGAACUUAAAAAAUUUGUCGCAGCAAUACCUCCAAGCUUGCAGCUGAAAAUAACGAAAUUCAGUACGAUCUGUAGCAAGCAUUUUACUCCCGAAUCAUUCCAGCCCAUAAUAACUGCAACUGUUCUGCGUCGAUUGAAACCACAAGCAGUCCCUACAUUGUUUAAUUAUGAUUUCCGUAGCUCAGUUAGUUUGAAUUCUACAGUGAUGAGUACUCAGUUGUAUGAGGUAAUAACAUGCGAACCUUUAGUUUCACAUACUAAUAGGGUUUGUGAAAAUUCGAGUAAUAAUUUAGUAUAUCGAACAUCAACAGCUAAUGUGUUGUGUCAAACUUCGAGCACUAAUAUGGAAGAAACGAGUACCUCAAUGAAAAAGGACGUUGGUGUCCAAACAGAGGAUAGGUAUUUAUCACCAUCAGAGGAAGUAAUGCAGUUGCGGAACAAAGUUAGAAUACUGCAAAAACGAUUGCAGCGACGAGAAACCAGAUUAAACAGCAUGACUAACGUUAUUCAACAUUUGAAAAAAACUGGUUAGCAUAGAGCUUAAUGAAUAAGAAAUACUUGUGCGUUGUAUCAGAAAUAUAGAUUAGAGUGAGGAAUAGCAAGUUAGCAAGUGAGGAAUAUGCAAAUUAUUAAGACAGAAGAAGAAAAUUUCACCAGAUACUGCAAGAAAUAAUGCACAAGACAAGUAACGUUGCCUUGUAAUCCGUGUGUGCACGCAUUACCCAUAUGCUACCUUUAUAAAGUGAUACUUUUUACCUGUUUACAACAAGAAGAGGAGCAUAUAACAUGAUCAACAAAAGAGUAAGUAAAAUCCACAAUUAAUAGUAGAUAGUGUUUACAGUGCGGGUCCUAAGUGCUUGGCUGCCACUGUGCAAAUCCAUUUUUCGCCGCCCCUUUAUUGCGUUAAAAUUUGUGAAAAUUCAAAAAUGUUCAUAGUAUAUAGAAUAGGAUAAAUGAAUAAUUUCAUUUGUAAAAUAUGUAUUGUUUAUUUUAUUUUAAUAAUUAUUUAUAAAGAAAAUGACAACAAAUAAUAAUUUUCAGUGAUACAUAUAUCUUUUAAUACAUUCUAAAAUUAAAUAACAAAAUUUCUGUACCAAAUCACGUUCUCAAAUUAACUUUUCUGGCUUUUAAAGACGCAAAUUCGUCUAUUAUUUUUGAUAAGUCUAUACUUUCUGAUAUUUCAUGUUCAAUAGAAAUAAGUGCAAAAAUACUUAGUUUUUCUUGGGACAGCGUAAAUCGGAGAUAAUUUUUAAUUAUUUUGAGUUUCGAGGAACUUCUUUCGCCAGACGCAACAGAAACUGACAGGGUUAAAAAAAUUCUCAGUGCAAUAGUAUAAUUGGGGAAAUAAGAUAACAUGUCAGCAUCUACGAUCUUUUGUAAAACUUAAAAGGGAUUGUUUGAUAACGAUGCAUCAGGAAAAAUUUCCUGGUACGAUAUUAUUUCAUGAUAUAAUUGAAUACCUCCAAAAUCCCUUUGUAACACAUUAUUUUGAUUUCAUCAGAAUUUCACAUUCAAAUUCAUACAUGAUUUCAUUAAGGCAUAAUCAUUCAUUUUUUUGAAAUCAUAUAAAAAGCUAAACAGAGAUUCACAUUCGUUUACUAAUUCAAACCUUUGAUCCAGAGAAUUGCUUAUGUGAUCCAAAAUGAUAAAAUAAAAAUUUAUUUUAAUGUGCUGUUUAGGAUCUAUAACCGAAUCAGCUUUGUUUUCGUACAAAAAUUGACGUGGUUUUUUUAUAUGACGAAUUAUAAUAAUAUGGCGCCGUUACUAAUGAACAUAUUAAAACAUUCAUCGUUUCUUUUUUGAAUAAUGUAAUUUUUUAGAUUUUUUAAAGCAUGCACACAUCCAGCUAAAGUUAUUUUUGGCUUUUAAAGCAUUUUACUAACAAUAUCUAUUUUUGAAAGUAAAUCGUGCCAAAUAUUUAUAGAACAUAUAAAUUUGAAAGAAAAUAUCUUUUCUUCCAGUGAAAGAGGCAUAUUUUUUGUUUUUACGUCUUAAGUUGGAUCAUUCGUUAAUUCAGUUAAACUAUCAAUUAUAUUCUUCAGAUUAUGGCUCAAUGGUCUUAUAGCUUUAAUUCUGCUUUCCCAUCUUGUCUCAUUAAGACUUUUAAGUGUUAAAUUUGUAACGCGUUUCUUUAAAAGAGUCCAUCGAUAUGUGCAAGCAGAAAUAAAAUAAAAUAUUUCCUGAAUAAUUUCAAAAAAAUCAAAUAUUUCGCCGCUACUAUUCGCUGCAUCACUUACAACCAAAUUCAAAGUGUGAGCAUUACAAGGAACAAAAAGUGCUUUUGGAUUGAUGUCUAAGAUGCGCUUUUGAAGGUCAAUAUUUUUACCUCUCAUAUUGGAUCCGUUGUCGUAACAUUGUCCCCUAAUAUUUUGAACAACUAAUUCAUAAUUUGAUAAUUUUUUUAAUUGGAAGCUGUACAAUUCUUCACCAGUACUAUUUGUGACGGGAUAAAAAUCCCCAAAAAACUGUCAACUUUUUUAGUAGUAAAGAGAGGCCGGUUCUAACU